CUAAAAUAGCACCAAAAAUUCAAAAUGGAAGGAAGAAGCAAAAAGGGGCCUAGGGGGGGAACAGGUUUUCUUGCGCCCAGAAGUCCCUGGCCUUAGGGGUUCUCUUUCCUCCCAACAUCUUUCUUGAUUUUUGACCCCCAUAGCCAAACCCCCCCACCUUCUUCUCUUCUUCCUCCUCCGUACACCAAACCUUCCUCCUCCCUAGAUCUCUCUCCUCAUAAUUGUCCCUCGCAUUUUCUUCUCUGAUCUGUAUAUAUUCAUUUCCCCCAUCUCCCCCCUUUUUCCUUCUCCCUGCAUGUAUCCGCGUAUCGCCACCAGCAGUUUCCUGAGCCUUUCUGGAGUUACUGCGAGGACAGAUCCUUGGAUUUACUCGUAUUCCGAGGAAUGGGUAGCUGCGUUUCAACUUCGAAAGUCAGCGGUUCUAACAGCAGCCGCGCAACUUCUUCCGGCACCGCCGCCGUGAACAUCCGCAAGGCUGCAGCCACAAAUCCGCCGCAUUGUUCUGCACACAAGGCCGGAAAGGAAGGGCGCGAGGGGAAUCAGCAGAAUCCCAGGAAGAGUGGGGUUGUUGCUUAUGGGAAAAGAACAGAUUUUGGGUAUGACAAGAAUUUUGAUGAAAGGUACAGUCUUGGUAAGCUAUUGGGACAUGGCCAAUUCGGGUACACCUAUGUUGCCACUGACAAGUCCAGCGGAGAUCGUGUUGCUGUUAAGAGGAUUGAUAAGAACAAGAUGCUUCUUCCCGUAGCUGUAGAGGAUGUCAGACGCGAAGUCAGAAUAUUGAAGGCCUUGGCUGGUCAUGAAAAUGUGGUUCAAUUUCAUAAUGCAUUUGAGGAUGAGAAUCAUGUAUAUAUUGUAAUGGAGUUAUGUGAAGGCGGAGAAUUACUGGACCGAAUUUUGGCCAAAAAAGACAGCCGUUAUACGGAAAAGGAUGCAGCAAUUGUAGUGAGGCAGAUGCUCAAAGUUGCAGCAGAAUGUCAUUUACACGGUUUGGUGCACCGUGAUAUGAAACCCGAGAAUUUUCUUUUCAAAUCACCAAAAGCGGAUUCUCCGUUGAAAGCCACCGACUUUGGUCUUUCAGAUUUCAUACGACCAGGGAAGAAGUUCAAAGAUAUUGUUGGUAGUGCAUAUUAUGUUGCCCCAGAAGUAUUGAAGCGUAGAUCUGGCCCUGAAUCAGAUGUUUGGAGCAUCGGCGUAAUAACCUAUAUUUUGCUCUGUGGCCGGCGGCCCUUUUGGGACAAGACUGAAGAUGGCAUAUUCAAAGAGGUCCUUAGAAAUAAGCCCGAUUUUCGACGCAAGCCAUGGCCAAGCAUAAGCAACAGUGGUAAAGAUUUUGUUAAGAAAUUAUUGGUGAAAGAUCCUCGUAUCAGACUCACUGCUGCUCAGGCCCUUUCACAUCCAUGGGUCCGAGAAGGUGGGAAUGCAUCUGACAUACCUUUAGACAUUUCAGUACUGUCGAACAUGCGCGACUUUGUCAAGUAUGGUCAUCUAAAGCAGUUCGCGUUAAGGGCAUUAGCGGGUACACUUCACGAGGAGGAGUUGGCUGACCUCAAAGAUCAAUUUUCUGCCAUUGAUGUUGAUAAAAAUGGCGUAAUUACUCUUGAAGAAAUGAGACAGGCUCUCGCUAAGGAUCUUCCUUGGAAGAUGAAAGAGUCACGUGUUCUUGAGAUUCUUCAAGCGAUCGACAGCAACACGGACGGGCUUGUGGAUUUCCAGGAGUUUGUUGCAGCGACUUUACACGUGAAUCAGAUGGAAGAACACAACUCAGAAAAGUGGGAGCAGAGAUCACAAGCUGCUUUUCAGAAAUUUGACAUUGACGGAGAUGGAUAUAUUACUUCAGAUGAACUUAAAAUGCACACUGGAUUAAGAGGCUCCAUAGACCCACUCUUGGAAGAAGCAGACAUUGACAAAGACGGGAGGAUAAGCUUGUUGGAGUUCCGCAAGCUUUUAAGGACCGCUAGUCUGGGCUCUCGGAACGUCGCGAGCCCAUCUUCAAGGCCAGGCCCACGACACUAAUAAGGCUGCGUUUGGACGAGGAGUAAGUUUGAAAAGGUAAGAGCAAACAAGAGUAAGCAAAAGGGACCUUGUUUGGAAGUGUACAUGUCACUCUUUUUUCUCUUUUACUCCUCCCGACACUCAAUCCAAACGGGGUCUUAAACCGAAUAGAAGAAGCGUGUGUUUGCCAUUGAAGAAGAUACAAAGAUGCCAAAAAAAAAAAGAAGGCUCUAAAGUUAGUUGGGUUUGAAAGAAAAAGAGAAAAAAACAUCAUAUAUCCAUUGGGAGUGUUUUGUGUGUAUGUUAGUGGGAGAUGUGGGCAAUCAUGUCAUUUUGUUGUUCAACAUUGUGUGUAUCUUUCAAAGUUGAAUAAUGAUUCAAUAAAUAAUUAAACAUUUAUUGGGUACUUUUCCAUUCAAUAAUUACAAGAGGUAUGA